AUGGACUCCAAAUCCACUAGUGGUUAUGUAUCUACUCUCAGAGGGGCAGUCGUAUGUUGGAAAUCUUCCAAGCAAACGUGUAUAUUAAGAUCAAUGAUGAAAUCUGAGUUUAUUACUUUGGAUAAAGAAACUGAAGAAGUUGAAUGGCGUCGCCAGUUCAUUGAGGAUAUUCCACGUUGGCCAAGACCUAUGCCUGCUAUCUGUAUUCAUUGUGAUAACCAAUUGGCGAUUAGACGGGCACAUAAUGUCCGUAAGCCACCAAAGAAUUUUCGACAAUCCUUUGUUCCCAGCAAGGAUUUGAAGAAACUUCUGGACUUGCCAGUCCAUAAAAGGAAAGCGCCUACACUUCUCAAUUUUAUUCCAACAUACAAGUCAACGUUGCCUGACGUCCCGAAAAGGAAGAAGAAAAGUCUUUCUCCACCAUCUGCCACAACUCCAUUGGCUGCAUCCACAUCACGAACAGACCAAGGAUCAACCUCUGAUCCAGCUGAUCAGCCAUCAACUUCGGUUCCAUACUUGAUCCCAAUACCGGAACGAAAACGUCGGCGAAGACUUGUCCUAGCUGCCGAGAUGGGUCGCUCAAAACCAAUUGCCAAAGAUCUUCUUGCCAAUCUUCCAACUGAUAUUGAUGCUCAACCAAUUCCAACCCAACCUCCACGAAAACUGAAAAGAGUGAAGAAGGCUCAGCCAAAGGCUAAAGUAACUCAGGCUGAGUCUGAGGACACUUUACCAAUUGCUAUGUUGACUGAGAGUGACAAACCGCCACUUUCUGCUGGGAAGAGUUGCUCUAAGUCUCAACCAUCUGAAUCUACAAAAUCGAAGAGGCCGAGGUCAGCCUCUGCAACGACCUCGGGGUCAAAAAAACCUGAUCCCCCCUGGGCCCCAGAAAUCACUCUUAAAGACAAGCCUGUUAUGGCUAGUGAUAGUGCCGAUGACAUAAAUGUCGGCGUUGCCCUGAGCACUGCUCUGCUUCUUCCAGGAGAUCUGGAGCGAAACGCCGAGCUCAGCGAGUACGAGAAUUACACUCUGAUGUUUCAGAGAUCUGCCAUCCAACAUGUGCAUUCUUUCUCUAUGCAAUCUUUCGAAAAUCGGGAGAAGUUGGCCGAGAUGAAGAGGGAGUUUUCUAUCCUUCAAAAAACCAACAAGGGCCUCCAGUCAAAAAUGAAGAAGUUGGAGGACCAGGCCGAAGCUGCCAUUAAAGCCCAAAAUGAAGCCGAAAAAAAGGCUGAGUCUACCGAGGCCAUCAGAAAGGUUGCCGAAGCUCAAAAGAAGGAGGCCGAGGAGAAAACAGCUCAAGCCGAGAAGGAGCUUCAGGAGGCCCUGGCCACCAAAGAUGCCGAAAUAAAAGCUGCCGAUGAAAAGGCAUACGAACAAGGCAUGGUCGAUGUUACGGAAGCCUAUGAAGCACAAGUCAGGCAGCUUAAUGUUCCUGAGGAUUCGCCUCUGAGAAAGGCCGACGCCAUUCCUCUUCCUUUUCCUUUUCCUCUACCUCUAUCAGCUCAAUCUGAUACUGAAUCUAGGUCUGAGUCUGAGGAUGAUAAUGAGGAUGAAGGUGAAGCCUUGGUGAGGAAGCCCAAAGAUGCUGAUGUGGUCAAGUCUCCUCCUCAGUUUGAGCAAGUCCUAGACUUAACCCAAUCUGAAGAGGUUGAGGAGGUGCCCAAGGAAGACAUUCCAGAGCAUGUAUCAUCCGAGGUUCCUCUAGCCGACAAAAGCAUUGACGAAACACUUGCCCAAAUUGAUUCUGAGAUCGCGGCAGAAAAGGCAGCCGAGGUAUCUUCCCAACAAUCAUCUGAACCUCAGACUCAACCAACUGCUACGGUUGAGGAAUCUUAG